AAUUAUUUUCACAAGUUGAGUGAAUCACCAAUCUUACCGGUGGAAGGAACCAAACAAUGGCUGCAAAGCAUAACUAACAAGUCAAUUUAACCACUCCACCUUCUCAAAUCUCACCAACCAAACCACUCUUUCUUCUCCAAUUCCCCUUUUCUCUUCUUUGGUAAGUAAUUCCAUUUCCAAUCACCCUUUUCCUUUCCUUUGUUUCUUUCAAAUCAAUCUUACAAUCUUCUCAAUUUUGUAGCAUAACAACAUAGUUUUUCUCAAAAUCCUGUCUUUUUUUUUUUUUAUCUAUCUAUCUAUCAUAGGACCCACAUGAUAAUCAUGAAUAUUGAAUACCAUGUUGUUUUGUUGUCUUUUAUGUUUUGAAUACCAUGAUUUUAAUUGAUCUGGUUAUUUAAAUACUUCUUCAGUUACACUUCUAUCCAAUGAAGUGAAUGAAUUUAUUAGGGUAUUGUUCAAUUUUAUUCUUUCAAUUUUCAAUUCAAACAUGAUGAUGAAACCAAACUUUGAGUCUCAAAAUAAAGAUGUUGGUGAAACUGAAACUGAUUCAAAUAUUGGUCAUGAAGAAUUACUUCGUGACAUUGAAGAAUUAAGCAAAGCUCUUUACUUGGACAAUACCCCUUUUAAGCCUUCUACCCUCUCUGCUGAAAAAUCCCGUUCGUCAAAAUCUCAACUUAACUCAACCCCGAGAUUUGUAAGUGAGGAUCUGUUGAUAGGGGACAAGAAAUUGUCUUCAAAAUGGAAUUGGAAGAAGCCCUUGAAAGUUUUAACAAAUAUUGGUUCGCAGAAGUUUGUUUGUUGCUUUAAUCUUCAUGUUCAUUCGAUUGAGGGACUGCCUUUGAGUUUCGACGGCGUUAGGUUAAGUGUGCAUUGGAAAAGGAAAAAUAGCAUUUUGCAGACCUGCCCUUCAAGGGUAUUGGACGGUUCUGCGGAGUUUGAUGAAACUUUGGUACAUAGAUGUUCGGUUUAUGGUGGUCGUGUGGUGUCUGGUCGUUCUGUUAAGUAUGAAUCCAAGCGAUUCUUGAUUUAUGCUUCUGUUGUCGGGGAACCUGAACAUGACAUUGGGAAACAUCAGGUUGAUCUCACUAGGCUUUUGCCACGGAGUUUAGAAGAGUUACGGGGUGAUAAAAGUUCAGGGAAAUGGAGUACAAGUUUUAGGUUGGUUGGAAAAGCUUUAGGAGCUAGAUUAAAUGUUAGUUUUGGUUAUCAAGUAAUGAAGGAUGAUUUAAUGAGAUUUGGUGCUAGUACUGGGAAUGUUGUUAACCUUGUUAACUUGAAGACAAAUACAAGCAUCCCCGACAAUGUUGCCGGUUUUAGUUCUAACAAUAGGGAUGUCAUAAAGCUUCGGCCAACUCAGAAUGACGUGGUGUUAUCGAAUGAAGCAGUGAUGAAUUCUGGCUCAGGUUUUUCUAAAUCAAUCACUUUCCUAUAUCAAAAGCUUGAUGAGGAGAACUUCAAUAAUUCAGCAUGCGCAGACUCAGAGUCAUCUCAAGGAUCAAAUCUAAAUGUGUCUGAUGACACUGAAUUUUCCAUCAGUGAACAAGGAGUAGAAACAUCAGAAGAGGACUCGUUCGAAUUUGAUCAAACAAGAAUUCAAAUAGUUGACAUGUCCACAGUUGAAAUCAUUGAUGUCGAUGAGAUUAUUAAGGAUGAUGACACGUUUGUUGACAAUAACGCAAGCUGUGAUUCACUGGAUACCAUAUGUUCUAGGAAUGUGAAUUGGGAUAUAGCAGAUAACAGCAAGCAUAGAUUCAGUAUUUCAUGUGUCGAUCUACUAUCCAUGAAGAUUAAGGAUUCAGUUUCUGAGACGUCAAAGUUUCUUGACAAAGAAGAACACUACUUUAGUGUUAAAUCAAAUGAUAAAGCACAUAAAAAGUCACAUAGCUUGGAUGAUGUCAUCGACUCUGUCGCGAGUGAUUUACCAUCCAUGAAGAUUAAGGAUUCAGUUUCUGAGACAUCGGAGUUUCUUGACAAAGAAGAACACUACUUAAGUGCUAAAUCAAAUGAUAAAGCACAUAAAAGGUCACAUAGCUUGGAUGAUGUCAUCGACUCUGUCGCGAGUGAUUUCUUAAAGACGCUGGCAUUGGAGAGCGGUUCAUUUCGCUCAAGCUGUGACGGUGAUCCCAUGUCUCCUAGAGAGAAACUUUUAAGACAGUUUGAAAAUGAGGCUCUAGCUUCAGGUAACUUCGCUUUUGAUUUUAAUGCGAACGAGGAGGAAUUGGGGCAAUAUACACUUGAACAUAACUAUGAGGAUUAUGACGUGGAUUCUGAUUUAUCUUUAAUUAUUGGUGCCGCGGAAGAGGAGUAUGAAAGGGAAGAUCAAUCAUUAAUGCAGAGAAGGAAGGCCAAAAUUCUUGAAGAUCUUGAGACUGAUACAUUAAUGCAACAAUGGGGUUUAGAUGAGAGGGACUUUGAAAAUUCUCCAAGAACCUGGUCUGGUGGAUUUGGAAGUCCAAUUGAAAUAUCCGAUGAAGAACCAUCCAUAUUACCUUCGAUUGGGGAAGGGCUUGGUUCGUUUUUUCAAACUAGGAGUGGAGGCUUUUUGAGGUCCAUGUGUCCUUCCCUCUUCAGAAAUGCUAAGAAUUGUGGGAGCCUCAUCAUUCAGGCUUCUAAUCCAGUCGUUCUACCUGCAAAAAUAGGUAACGAUAUAUUGGAUAUACUUCUGUACAUGGCAUCUGCUAGAGUUGAAGAGCUGUGCAAUUAUAUCUCUAAAUCAAUGCCUUUGCAAGAUAUCACUGGAAAAUCCAUUAAGCAUAUUGUGUCGGAUGCUAAGACCAACACGGAAGCUUCUGGAAGGAAGGGAUCAUGGCAGCAUAAUUUGUUUGAAGAAUUUCCAUGUAGUUAUUUAACAGAUAAAGACAAAUGCUUGGACUCUUUGUCUCUAGAAACUAUAGCUCCUAUGACUAUUAACAAGAUCGAAUCUCUUUUAAUAGAAGGGUUGAGAAUUCAGUCUAGCCUGUCAAAUGAAGAUGCACCAUCAUGCAUUCGUGGAGAAAUCAACAAUGAUCUUGAUGGUUUGAUGGAUCUGUCGGUUACGUUGGAUCAAUGGUUGAGACUUGAUUCUGGCAUCAUCCAAGGAGAACAUAAUUUGGAACAAAUUUUGAAGAUUCUUAAAGCACACAAUUCUAAAAUCACAGAAUUAUAUAAUGAAGGGUUGGGAAAUGGCAUCGAUAAGGAGAAAAUAGAUGGCAGAAAGCGCUGUUAUUUGGGAGAGCACGCAACAAUGGCUUUUAUGAUCCAGCACAGAGAUCCUCUAAGAAACUAUGAAGCAGUUGGAGUUCCAAUGCUGGUUUUAACUCAGGCAGAAAGAGUUGACAUACAUGAAAUGGAGAAAGACUGCGACAAUUUUGUUGAGAAUGAAGAUAUAGAUAAAGAACCACCUCAAUCUAGAUUCAAAAUCAAGGAGAUUCAUAUUGCAGGUGUCCUUACCAAAAAUGGUGGUAACCGACAAGUUUGGGGCACUGCGUCUCAGCAACAAUCCGGGUUGCGUUGGUUGCUUUCCAGUGGCAUGUGUAAUACUGUCAAACACUCUUCUUCAAAAUCGAAGUCGAUUGUUGUUAGAUCAUCUUCACUGUUUGCCAACAAAUUGAUGAAUCAAGAUAUCUUGUGGAGCAUCUCUUGUGUUAAUAGUAACAUAGAGACUAAUGCACACAUUAGGAAUCCUGAUAUCAUGUUCCCAAAGUGAACAGUGUCAGAUCAUUUUUCACUUGCUAUUUUAGCCAAUUUAGGAAAUCUAUCCAUGUAAAAGUAAAACUGUAAAUAGUUACGAGUUAGCUAGCACAGAUAUUUUGACAUGUAUUGCAUUUUAUGACCUUUUGGACAUGAUCCUUUCUUUUCUGAAUAACCCUUCCUGAUUCUGUAGAUUUGUACUCCAAUUUAAGGAAUAAAGUAAAAUUAUUAUGUAGUUAA